CGCGUAUCGCACUUGGCUGAAUCCAGCCUGACCUGAUUGAAGGCGUGCAAUUCCAACCUAUCUAAAAAAAAACGAUAUCGGAUGGAGAAUUGCGCUCUUGCUGAUUAUAAACACUCUUUCUCUGAUAGCAACUCUCAGGCCUCUUUUCCACCACCAAUAGCUCCUGCAUCGGGGAUGUCAUGACCUGAAUCUCCGACCUUCCCUCCUUCUCCUCUUUAUACGCAGGCAGGUAACCCUGACACCUGAGCUCUGCAGUAUGGCCGCCAAGAUGUCAGUCCGACGCGCUCUUCACUUCAUUGACGUCAGUCAUACUGACCAGCUCAGCUUCGUCUUUGGCAGCGUCAACGGCCAGCUCCGGUCUGCUUUCAGCACGCUGGCCAAGCAGCACGCCAAAAAUGUCUUCAGCUUCGCAAUCGUCACGGGAAACCUCUUCAGCGAGGCCCAGGACGAUGAACAGCUCGCCGACUUGCUGGCUGGACGCAUUGAGAUUCCUUGCUCGACCUACUUCACGGUAGGCACCACCCCGUUGCCGGCGCAGGUUGUGGAAAGAAUCGAGAAGGACGAGGAAAUCGCGCCGAAUCUUCACUACCUCGGCAAACGCAGCGUCACCAAAACCUCCGAGGGCGUGCGCAUCGUUACUCUGGGAGGCAUGCUCGACCAGAACAUUGUCGCCGGACUGUCUCAGGAGCAGCACCAGCCAAUCCACACAGAGAGCGAUGCCAAGGCCCUCCGGGGAGCCAACAACGCAGACAUCCUUCUCACUACCAUGUGGCCAGUUGACAUCUGGAGAAAUAGCUCCAAGGCAGCGAAGGCGAACAUUGGUGCUGAAACGGCACCUUCCAGCCAAACAAUUGCAGAACUCUGCGAGGCUCUGAAACCUCGCUACCACUUCGCCAUGUCACCCGCCGACCUCUGCUUCGAGCGGGAGCCGUUCUUUCCCGAAACCUCGGAUGAUAAGGAGAGAGGGAUUCCCAUCACACGUUUCAUCUCGCUGGCCCCUUUGGGAAACUCGGCCAAGGCAAAGUCAAUGUACGCCUUUAAGCUGAACCGCGAGACCAUUACCCAACCUCCGGAGGGGAGCACCAUCACACCUUUUUACAAGCCUGCAUCCAAGAAACGCACGGCCGACCAAGCCGAGUUCAGCCGCUUCCAGGACGGACACCACGCGCACGACCACGACCACCGCCGCCGCAAGCAUCACCGCCGCGAGCGCUCCCCUCCUCCCGGGCCGGACCGCUGCUUCUUCUGCCUCUCCAACCCGAACCUGCCCACGCACAUGGUUUGCAGCAUCGGCGAAGAAGCGUACCUUGCUACUGCCAAGGGACCCCUGCCGACGGCCGCCACCUUCGCAAAACAGGGGCUCGACUUCCCGGCCCACUUCAUCAUCGUGCCCUUCCAGCACGCCGCGUCGCUCAGCGCGGCGGCCAUGAGCGAGGACGAGGCGCGCCGGACGUUCGCCGAGAUGACGCGCUUCCGCGGCGCGCUGCAGGGCAUGGUGGCGGCGGCGUCGAAGCGCAAGCUCGGCGCCGUCACGUGGGAGAUCAACCGCGCGCGGAACAUCCACGUGCACUGGCAGUUCCUGCCGGUGCCGGCUGAGCUGGUCAGCAAGGGGCUGGUGGAGGCUGGGUUCCGCGUGCUGGCGGAGGACCUGAAGCUGGGCAAGUUUGCGGCGAAGGAGUUCGGCACGGCGGAUGAGUUGCCGGGGGAUUACUUCCGGGUGUGGAUCUGGGCCGAGGAGGACGAUGCUGAGGGUGGUAGGGUUGUUGGCAAGAGCCUACUGCUGCGGUUCGACGACGGCGUAAGGUUCGAUUUGCAGUAUCCGAGAAAAGUCAUGGCCAAGCUGCUUGGCUUGGAGGAGCGAACCGUCUGGCAGGAUGUGGUGCAAACUGAGGAGGAGGAGUCUGCGGAUGUGGCGGCGUUCCGGAAGGCAUUUAAAGAUUGGGACUUCACCCUAGCCGCUUAAGCAGCGGUUCGCAAUGGAAAGGGACGGCUGAUAGUUGGAGCUGAGCGGAGUGACUCGAACUGGUCACAGAGCACAUUGAGGCACGGUAUCAACCCCGAAUGCGACGAUUUAGCUUGUGAUAGCGAUUCGGUACCGAAAAGGUGCCUCAAAUGGAACUCAAUUGAACGAGUUAACCCUGCCCCGAUCAAAACCCUGCCCCGAUCAAAACGCCGUGCCUAGCUCCGUCCGUUGUCAAGCCAAUGCCUCUCCCGGUCAAAAUCACAGUUCCGUGUGUACUUCCUCUCACGCCAUCCGUUCCAUGUCGCUCCAAUCCACUCAUCUACGUCGCCGGGUACUGCAAGACCCUAAUUUCA